GAACGCAUCCGGAAGUUUACAUCCUUGGUUUUUAAUCUUGCGUGUUCUUACUCAGUCAAACAACUGUCGAUAAAGACUUUUAGCCACAACGUUUGAAGAUCCACCUACCACAUGGGCCUACUAUGGCUGAACCCAAGUCCAUGGAGUCCCCAGGUUCUGGCUGUGGUGUUCCAUCCCAGAGAAGCUCACAGAGGGAUCCAGAAAUGGUCUCAGUGAAGCUGGAGGACUGCAGUCAACCACUGGAACUCAAUGUGAUUGUGAUAGGGGAAGAGAGAGAACUUAGAGUAGAAGAACAGAAGGUAGAAGUUGAAGUUGAAGAAGAAAAGGUGGUUGAGGAGAAGAGAGCAGUCAAACAGGAGGAGAUGGAGGUUAAAGAGGAGCAUAAUGAGAUAGAGAUGAAAGAGGAGGUAGAGGAGAAGAGACCAGUCAAAGAGGAAGAGAUGGAGAUUGAAAAGGAACACAAGGAUACAGAAGUCAAAGAAGAGCUGGAGGAGAAAGCAGUCAUCAAGGAGAUGGAGGAGAGAGGUGUGAAAGAGGAUGAGGAGACAGCAGUCAAAAAGGAGAGAGGACUAGAAGAAGAAGAAGAAGAGGAGGAGAGAGAAGUCAAAGAAGAAGAGGAGAACAGGGAAGUGUCUGCUCCAGAUCUAGAGGAAAAGGAGGAAGUAGAUAGUAUCACUGACCCAGGAGAGAUCUCCAACCCAGGUUCAGACAGUGAGUCCAGUUCCACAGCAUCAGGAAACCAUAAACAACACAGACGGAGGAACUCAAGACAGAAACAUCACCACUGCAUGGACUGCUUCACUAGUUUCUAUGAGCCAGAGGAGUUGAGAAGGCACACUUGUAAGCCCCACCCCUGCUCAGAUUGCAGAGGCAGUUCCGUGUGUCCAACUCACCUCAUACCACGCAAAAAGACUAUCAAAAGAAAGAACACUUACCCCUGUGGUCAAUGUGGGAAGAGUUUUCAGGCACCAAGCAAACUAAAGAAACACCAGAUAACUCACACAGGAGAGAAGCCUUUCCACUGCUCCCAAUGUGGGAAGAGUUUUCCUCUUUCACAGACCUUAAAUAGACACCAGCUGAUCCACACAGGAGAGAAGCCUAUCCACUGCUCCCAAUGUGGGAAGGGCUUUAAGCGACCUGAUUCCCUGAAAAAUCAUCUUAGAAUACACACGGGAGAAAAGCCUUUCCACUGCUCUCAAUGUGGGAAAAGUUUCAGUUAUUCAAACUACUUAAAGACACACCAGAGAACUCACACAGGGGAGAAGCCUUACCACUGCUCCCAGUGUGGAAAGAGUUUCAAUCAGUCUUCAGAUCUAAAGAUACACCAGCGAACUCACACAGGAGAGAAGCCUCACAAAUGUUUUCAGUGUGGAAAGAGUUUUAGGCAUUCAAGCUACUUAAAGACACACCAGCGAACUCAUACAGGAGAGAAGCCUUAUCACUGCUCCCAGUGUGAGAAGAGUUUCAGUCAGUUUUCAAGUCUGAAGAUACACCAGCUAACUCACACAGAAAAUAGGUCAUACCACUGCUCCCAUUGUGGGAAGGUUUUCAGUCUGUUGCACCACCUAAAUAGACACCAGCAAACUCACAAAGGAGAAAAGUCUCAGUAAUGCUCUCAAUGUAGGAAAAGUUUCAGUCAGUCAUCAAAUCUGAAGACACACCAGUUAGUAUCACAGCCCUGACACUGGACAGAGUUCUCUUGCUUUAGAAGAAAGUCAACUUCAAACCACAGAAGUAAAACACAUGUAAACACAUCUUAUGAUGUCAAAGGAGCAGAGCAGUUUUAAUAAUGGUGAAAUAACACUUUAAAAAUAAAUAUUAUUUUGCCUGGAUUUUCAGCCUAUUCAGUUGGGAUAGAGUUUUUGGCCCAGAGCAUGACAUCACAAUCUGAUCAAUCAUCUUUUAUUUGCAUAUGUAUCCUCUUAUAUUGAAGAGGUUUGUGGGGUCGGCUCCGGUGCAGGGUUCCCCAACUGGCUGCCCGUGGGUGGUUUUCAUUGGCCCCCUAAGUUUUCUGGUCAAAAAAAUAAAAAAAUGUAUAACUUUUUAUUGUAGGAGAUUAAAAACUGUAAAAACACCAGCCAAUCAGCUCCAAGUGAUUUGAAUUGAGAAAAUCUGUUUCAAAGCAUUCCCAUGCAUAAGAUAUAUAUAUAUAUAUAUAUAUAUGUGAUCAUAUACAAAUGUA